GUCGUGUUAUCCCGCGGGUUCACCACCACUGUCAGGGCAAUCCUGGAUUUUGACCCCGAACGAAGAUGACGGAUCCCGUUGUGUUGCAGUCUGCGGUGCGAGUGCCGACUCCGCCGCCAGACGCCCCCUACUCUCCCCAACCUUCAGCAUCUCGCAAACGCUCACCUCCCUCUCGAUCUCCUUCACCCAACCGUCGCCGCUCGCCACCAGGUGACUCGCACGAUGGCGGCCUCGAGGCACCGCGCAUCGACCCGGAGCGUGCCAUCGAACGAGAGCGUCAGCUUGCGGAUCGCGUUCGACAGCAUGAGAAACAGGAAGCGGCCGCGAGGAAGCCGAUGACGGAAGAGGAAAAGCAGGCGGCCGCCAAAGCCGAGUAUGAGAAGCUCUUGAACAUGCGGUCGGGCGGUACCUACAUUCCUCCCGCUCGACUCCGUGCGCUGCAGGCACAGAUCACCGAUAAGACCAGCAAGGAAUAUCAGCGGAUGGCAUGGGAGGCUUUGAAGAAGUCGAUCAAUGGUCUGAUCAACAAGGUCAAUGUUUCCAACAUCAAGCACAUUGUUCCGGAGCUGUUUGGUGAGAACUUGGUGCGCGGCCGCGGUCUGUUCUGCAGGAGCAUCAUGAAAGCUCAGGCGGCCAGUUUGCCCUUCACGCCCAUCUACGCUGCCAUGGCUGCCAUCGUCAACACAAAGCUGCCGCAGGUCGGAGAGCUCCUGCUCAACCGGCUGAUUGUACAGUUCCGCAAGGCAUUUAAACGAAACGACAAGGCUGUCUGCAUAUCCUCUACCACCUUCAUCGCCCAUCUGUGCAACCAGCAGGUUGCCCACGAGAUGCUGGCUGCCCAGAUCCUCCUUCUCUUGCUCCACAAGCCCACGGACGACAGUGUUGAGAUUGCGGUUGGACUUACACGGGAAGUUGGCCAGCAUCUGGAGGAGAUGAGCGGACCCAUUGCGCUCGCGGUUUUCGACCAAUUCCGCAACAUUCUUCACGAGGCGGACAUCGAUAAGCGUGUGCAGUAUAUGAUCGAAGUGCUGUUCCAGGUUCGCAAGGACAGAUACAAGGACAACCCGGCGAUCAAGGAGGAAUUGGAUCUUAUCGAAGAAGAAGAUCAGAUCACACACCAGAUUGGUCUUGACGAUGAGAUCGAGACCCAGGACGGGCUGAACAUUUUCAAGUAUGAUGCGCAAUGGGAGGAGCACGAAGAGGCCUACAAGAAGCUGAAGGCGGAUAUCCUAGGAGAAGGCAGCGACGAUGAAGAGGACGAGGACGAGGAUGAUGACAGCUCGGAUGAGGAGUCGGAAGAAGAGCGGAAGAUGGACAUCAAGGAUCAAACCAACGCAGACCUUGUCAACCUCCGGAGAACGAUUUACCUGACUAUCAUGUCCAGUAUAGAUUUCGAGGAAUGUUGCCACAAGCUGAUGAAGAUCUCCCUACCCACGGGUCUCGAGUCCGAGCUUCCAUCGAUGGUCAUCGAGUGCUGCUCCCAGGAGCGCACCUAUUCCAAAUUCUACGGCUUGAUCGGUGAGAGAUUCGCCAAGAUCAACCGCUUCUGGUCCGACCUCUUUGAGACCGCUUUUGCCAAAUACUACGACACGAUCCACCGAUACGAAACCAACCGACUACGCAACAUCGCCCGCUUCUUCGGUCACAUGAUCAGUACCGAUGCCAUUGGGUGGCAUGUGAUGUCCAUCAUUCACAUGAAUGAAGAAGAAACGACGUCCAGUAGCCGUAUCUUCGUCAAGAUCCUGUUCCAGGACCUGGCCGAGCAUAUGGGAUUGCCCAAGCUGCAAGAACGCAUGCGCGACGAGAUUCUGCGCCCCAGCUUCGAGGGUAUGUUCCCGACGGACAACCCACGCAACACCCGCUUCUCGAUCAACUACUUCACCAGUAUCGGUAUGGGUAUUUUGACGGAAGACAUGCGCGAGCACCUGAAGAACCUGCCCAAGCCCACCAUCCCUGCCUUGCCUCAACGCGAUGGAGGCGACGAGUCCGACGCGGAUUCCGUCUCAUCGCAUCCCACCAGCUGCUCGACUUGCUCGCCCCGCUCCCGCUCCCGCUCCCGCUCCUACUCCUACUCCCGCUCCCCUUCGCCGGGCCGCGGCCGCAGACGCUCCGUCAGUCGGGGCCGGUCCACCAGCCGCUCUGUGUCGGGCUCGUCCCGCCGAAGCUACAGCUACACGCCGUCGCGGUCUCGCUCGCCGGUCUCCAAGAACCGCCGCCGUUCAGUCUCAUACAGCCGGUCUCGGUCGCGAUCGCCUGUGCCCCGCAAACGCUCAUCCGUUUCGCGGAGCCCCCCUCCGCGCCGGGGCCGGGAUCGCUCCUACGAUUCCCGCUCCCCUCGUCGGAGUGUGAGUCCCUACCCAACUCGACGAGCCCGUUCCCUAUCCCGCUCGGCCACGCCACCCCGCAAACAAGGCGGCAGCGGUCCAGCGCCCCCUCGCCGCGAUCGCAGCUACAGCCGAUCGCCCUCUCGGUCCGUGAGCCCGCCCCCUGCGCGCCGCGGCGCGCCCCCCGCCCGUGCUGGGGCCCGCCGGUAUUCCGAAUCCCGAUCGCCUUCUCCUCCCCGCAGGCGGGUUGCCAGGAGCGUCUCGCGGUCCCGGUCUCGGACCCGGUCGGUGUCGGUGUCGGCGCGGCGGCCGCCUGCGCCCAUCCGCCGGGGUCGCGAUGCGAGCGCGUCCCGCUCACCGGCACCACCACCGCGGGCUGGAGGAGGAGGUCGGAGACGGUACUCGGAUUCGCGGUCCCCUUCGCGGUCGCCCGUGCGCCGCCGUGCAUCGCCCUCGCAGACUCCACCCCGCCGAGGCCGUGACUAGUGGUGCAUACAUGCAUCGAUGAGUGACAGUUUGAGUCAAGAGGGUCAAGAAGGGAAGACUUCAAAAUGUGAUUUUCAUUUUGCUACUGUUGUGUUUAUUAUGGGAUGAAUCGGGACGGGAUGGGUUUUAAGGUUAUAUCAUCAGGGGGCACUCCCUAUAGUUGUAUCUAGUUUGAAGCGAUCCACAAGACAAAUCAUCC